AUGGGAGAAUGGGAGCUGCUGAGCCGCCUGCUGGAUAAGGUGCAGAGCCACUCCACUGUGAUUGGAAAGGUCUGGCUGACGGUCCUGUUUGUGUUCCGGAUCAUGGUCCUGCACACCGCUGCUGAGAAGGUGUGGGGGGAUGAGCAGUCGGACUUCGUCUGCAACACUAAGCAACCGGGCUGCGAGAACGUCUGCUACGACCUCGCCUUCCCCAUCUCUCACGUCCGCUUUUGGGUUCUUCAGAUUAUUGCCAUCGCAACCCCCAAGCUGCUGUACCUCGGUCACGUGCUGCAUGUGAUACACACUGAGAAGAAGUUGAAGGAGAUGAUGAUUAAGCAGGCGGAGCUUGACGACCCGGCCAGCCUCUUCCUCAGGAGGGCCUUCAAAGUCCCCAGGUACACCAAAGCCAGCGGCAAGAUCAGCAUCCGAGGCCGCCUCCUUCGCAGCUACGUCCUCCAUCUUUUGGCCAAGAUCGUCCUGGAAGCUUUGUUCAUCGUGGGUCAGUACUUUCUUUACGGUUUCACCCUCCCCGCUCAGUACGUAUGCAGCCGCUUCCCCUGCCCCCACACGGUGGACUGUUUCCUGUCCAGACCCACUGAGAAAUCUGUCAUCAUCUGGUUCAUGCUGGUGGCGGCGUUCGUCUCGCUCGCCCUCAGCAUCGCCGAGCUCCUGUAUCUGUGUGUGAAAGCUGUGAAGGAGUGCAUGACGAGGAGGCAGAACUACACCGUGACCCCAGUGACACCGCCAAGUUCAAAGAGGAGAGAUUUUAAAAGACAACGUGAAAUAAACCCGAAUUACGCCAAGUCGGACUCGGAGUUGCAGGGCCCGAGAUUAGGGGUGAACGGGAUCAGUAUCGGCAUCUGUGACGGAGCUAAAACGGUGUUGUCUGGCAGCAGCAUCGGGGAGAUCCACAUCUGA